ACCGCCUCUACCGACGCCUUCGCCUCCUUCUACUCCUCGCGCUCCCCUCCGGCUUCUACCAGCCCAUCGCUCCCCGCCCGCUCGGCUGCAGCAGUCUCUCUCUCUUCUCUCUUUCCACCCCCCCGCCCCCAAGUUUCCUAUAUCCUCAAGAUCAGGGCAGAGGAAGGAAAACACUGAAUUCUGCUUGCUGUUUCAGAGAGAAGAUGAAGGCGAAACUGGACGUCUACAAUAUGCAGUUGCUGCUUCUUGUUGUUUUGGUGUGGGACCCAACCAGGUUGGUGCUGGCUAACAUCCAAGAAGAUGAAGCUAAAAAUAACAUUACCAUCUUUACGAGAAUUCUAGACAGACUUCUGGAUGGUUACGAUAAUCGGCUUAGACCAGGACUUGGAGACAGUAUUACUGAAGUCUUCACUAACAUCUACGUGACCAGUUUUGGCCCUGUCUCAGAUACAGAUAUGGAAUAUACAAUAGAUGUUUUCUUUCGACAAAAGUGGAAAGAUGAACGUUUAAAAUUUAAAGGUCCUAUGAAUAUCCUUCGACUUAACAAUUUAAUGGCUAGCAAAAUCUGGACUCCAGAUACCUUCUUUCAUAAUGGGAAAAAGUCAGUAGCUCAUAAUAUGACAAUGCCAAAUAAGCUACUUCGAAUCCAGGAUGAUGGGACUCUGCUGUAUACAAUGAGGCUUACAGUUCAAGCUGAAUGUCCAAUGCACUUGGAGGAUUUUCCAAUGGAUGCUCAUUCAUGUCCUCUGAAAUUUGGCAGCUAUGCAUAUACAACCUCAGAAGUAACUUAUAUUUGGACUUACAAUGCAUCUGAUUCAGUACAGGUUGCUCCUGAUGGCUCCAGGUUAAAUCAAUAUGAUCUACUGGGCCAAUCAAUUGGGAAGGAGACAAUUAAAUCCAGUACAGGUGAAUAUACCGUAAUGACAGCUCAUUUCCAUUUGAAAAGAAAAAUUGGGUAUUUUGUGAUUCAGACAUAUCUGCCUUGCAUCAUGACUGUCAUUCUCUCCCAAGUGUCAUUCUGGCUUAACAGAGAAUCUGUGCCUGCAAGAACUGUGUUUGGAGUAACAACUGUUCUGACAAUGACAACUCUGAGCAUCAGUGCUCGGAAUUCUCUCCCCAAAGUGGCUUAUGCAACUGCCAUGGACUGGUUUAUUGCUGUGUGUUAUGCAUUUGUGUUCUCUGCCCUAAUUGAAUUUGCAACUGUUAAUUACUUCACCAAAAGAGGAUGGGCCUGGGACGGGAAGAGUGUAGUAAAUGACAAGUCCCCUUCAAUAAAAGCUGAAGGCAUUACAUUAACAUACAACUCAGUGAAGGCAAUUCUUCAAGGAUCUAAGCUAAUAUGGUCCAAGUAUAUAGCUUUCUCAUGGCCCAAUUUAAUCCAAGGAAAGACUUUAGAGUACUUAGAGAAGUGGAUGGACUGUUUAACCUUCAAACAAUCUUCUAAAAAAGAGAAAACCUCUGUCAUGAUACAGAACAAUGCUUAUGCGGUGGCCGUUGCCAAUUAUGCCCCGAAUCUUUCAAAAGAUCCAGUUCUCUCCACCAUCUCCAAGAGUGCAACCACACCAGAGCCCAAUAAGAAGCCGGAAAACAAGCCAGCUGAAGCCAAGAAAACCUUCAACAGUGUUAGCAAAAUUGACAGAAUGUCUAGAAUAGUUUUCCCGGUUUUGUUUGGUACAUUUAAUUUAGUUUACUGGGCUACUUAUUUAAACAGGGAGCCUGUAUUAGGGGUCAGUCCUUGAAUCUAGACACAGGUUAUCAUUGGGAUGUAUGGCAACAUUAAACUUGGUUUGUUUUGCUAUGUACAGUCCGACUAAUAACUGCUAAUUUGUGAACCUACAUGUACAGUAUGUAUAUAGCGAUAUAGCUUACCAGUAAACCCUCAAUGGAGACAUGCAUUUGCUAACUCAUGGAACUGCUGGCAGAUAGCACCCCACGCCAGUAGAGCCAUUGCCUUGUCUAAAGAUUUACCCUACAACCUGGUUUAAAGUGGAUUUCAGCUUACCUGAUUUAUUUCCUAUUCUUCUAAUAGCAAUGAAAGUGGAGAGACAAGACCACCCUUUUGAUUUAGUUAGGUCUUAAGAAGGAGUAUUUUCUUCUGUUUCUUAAUUAUAAUAGAAGAUAACUUUGUCGUUCAAAGAUGAAUUCUUCUAAAUAACAACCUCAUAUCUACAACAUCAGUUCCCUCCAUGAGUACUCAGAAUCCCUGCUAGUACAAUUGGAAGUUUGACACACAUAAUAAGAAAAACCAGAGAUUAGAAAUCAGCUUUUAAUUACUCUAUAUAGUAUCUAGAAUCAGGUACAUAUUAUAGCAUGACAAGCUCAAAUAAGUAUGAUUCACCCCAACAGGACGUUAAUUAUAUAGACAAUUUAACAACUACUGGAAUGUCAUGGUCAUUACAUUUUUAGCUUCAGAGUUUGUUUGAAAGUAAUAAUUAAAAUCCUACAAUUUACUUCGAUCAUUGGAAACUACCUUAAAUUAAAAAAAAAAAAAAGACAGUAAAUGUGUCUUUCCAGGUAUGUGUUGUAUUGAAAUUGAUCAGCUGAAUUUUCUUGGUGCUGGAGACUGGAAAAAGCAUCCAGUUUGGCUGCUGUGGAGCAACAUUCAUAUUGGAUUAGAAAACUGUGCCAAAAACUCCCACUGAUGAGAUUCAUAGGUGUCCCAAACUGUAGAUGAGCACUUGUAUGAUUCUCUUCUUUCCUGUUUACUGCAAAUUCUGCCUUAAGGCUUCUUUUCAUCAGGACUCAGAAGCCACUAAUUAUAAAGGAAAGGGCAGUUAAUUGGCACAUUUUUCUGUCUUGAGAGCAGCUUUUUCAGAUAAGAAUUAAUGUAAAUCUGCUUUUGUAAAUUGCAACUUUAAAUUUCAUUGUCUCAAAUUUACAACAGCUUUGUAUACCAGAAAAGGUUUUGGUAAGAGUUGAACAUUUUUAAACUGCAGCUUUAAAACAUCACCAACAGAUUAUGGAUUAUUUCACAUGCACAAACACAGACACACAGAUACACACAAACACGUAGCUAAGUUAGAAAACACACCUUCCAAUUUUAUAUAAGUACUAAUUAUUAAUGGGUAAAAUUCAUUUUUCCUUUAAUAUUUUAAAAAUACUGUUUAUGCCCCUGAAAUAUGCUAAUAAAAGUUAACAAUUGUGUAUCAUGCCUAGAUUCAAAGUUUUUGGCAAGCCUAAAGUACUUUUGAUUGACAUGUACAUUAGCAGUUAUUAGUUGACUUUUACUAAUAGAUGCACCAUUAUGAUGGUGUUUUUGUAGAAAUAUAGUAGUCAAAUAGUGGCAUUUCUUGCAGUUUUGUACAGUAUUUUAGUAUAGUGCAUAAAUAGGUAUGUUCAUAAAAUCAAUAAAAGGAAUACCUUAUGGAAAUAAGCAAAAUUCAACAAAAGUUGCUAUUCCUUUUGCCUCGUUUAAAUUUUUUUUCAUUUUCUUUUUGUUUUUGUGUGAUUCUAUUAUGUGCUUUGCAUGAUUGUAUUAAUACCAAGGUCACAAAUGCAUCUUAUUAACAGAAUUUGCCGUGAAGACGUCCUUGACAUUAAAAAUUCCCUCGCAAAAGGUAAUCCAUAAUCCUUAAUAAAAUAAAAUUGUUAUAUGAGCCAACAAAUGUAUUUCUUUAAUUCCCUUCUGAUAACAUCUUCUUUGUCAUCUAAAUACUGUAGUUUUAUAAUGUGCACUUUAUUCAUAGAUUUAAAUAGAGAUAUUCUAUUUUCUUACACAUUUAAAUAUAGCAAAGUUCUUUGUAGUUUAGGGAAGUAUGCAAUAAUAGGAGAAAGUACACAAUGCUUGAAGGCAAACAAUAAAAAUGCUUUGUGUGGU